UAAACACACGGGAGAAACUGUCAUGGAGGGGGAGGAGGCCUCGGCUGCAGAGGGGGACGUUUGGGGCCGCUCCGGGGGCCUCCCGGCUCGUUUCUGAGCGGGCCCCCUCACCCUGGGACCUCGGGAUCCGAGAGGGCUAGAGGCUAGACCUGAGGACGCGUUGAAAAAAUAAAUCCCUGUCCUUCCCCGGGGGCGGAGCUGGGCGGGCGAGGCUGUGAGGCCCGGCCUGCGAGCCUGCGGACAUGGAUGACAGCAAGGUAGUUGGAGGCAAAGUAAAGAAACCAGGUAAACGUGGUCGGAAGCCAGCCAAAAUUGACUUGAAGGCAAAGCUUGAGAGAAGCCGGCAGAGUGCAAGAGAAUGUAGGGCCAGAAAGAAGCUGAGAUAUCAAUAUCUGGAAGAAUUGGUAUCUAGUCGGGAGAGAGCCAUCUGUGGUCUCAGAGAAGAACUGGAAAUGUACAAGCAAUGGUGCAUGGCAAUGGAUCAAGGAAAAAUCCCCUCUGAAAUAAAAGCUCUACUAACUGGAGAGGAGCAGAGUAAAUCUCAGCAGAACUCGAGUAGACAUACCAAGGCUGUAAAAACAGAAGCUAAUAACAAUUCCUUUUUAUUCUUACAUGAAGAGAACUGGUUUUUCAAUGACCUUCAUUGAUGAGGAAACAUCUUAAUUAUAAAUCGAAGAACAGGUGAAGAUCAUUUCCAUUUAAACUCAUGAAUCAAUUGCUGAAUGGAGUAUUCAGAAUCACAUGAAGAAUGGACAAGAUUGGGCUUUGGAAUUUAAUUUGCUACCUACAAUUCAGUGGUCAUUUAUGUUAACCUGCAGUUGUUGACCAAAAUCUGUGAUCAUACAUGCUGAAGGACUUUGCUUUAACCUUCAACACCAAGAAAAUUCAGAAUAUUCAGUCCUCUUUCAUUUGAUGUUGAUAGCUACAAUAGAUUUGCACAUGAUGUGAUGCUUGGAAAGACCCAUGUGGCAUGGAGGACAAUGAGUUAAAAGGUGGUAGUUUUGCACCUUAGCUCCAUAUUGGUUAAUUAUGUUCUUUUCAUUUAAUUGCGUGUGUGUUGGUGUCACUUCAUUUCCUUUGUUUUUUGUAUAGUCUCAUUCAGAGAAACCAAAUAGGCUGUUUGCUAAAUUAUAAGUUUUCAGCCUUUAAAAUGGACCUGAACUUUUUUUAUUAAAUUCACUUGAGUGAUUUGUAAUAUAUAUUUCCUGCAGGAACCACAGAUAUGUUCUGCGCAUCAUUCCAACAUAAAUUGUGCAUAUAUGGUAACAAUUAUAUGCAUUUCUAUUUUUUGUAAUCCAUGAUGAUCUUUCUGUUAUAUUGUACUUAUAGGGACAAUCUAUAUGAAAAGUUAUUUGGGGAAGCUUCUCUUGGAAACUCUUGUAGCUGUCCUCCCCAACUGUAUUUAUAAAUUAUUGAAAUUUCCCCAUCUAUAUUAGCAAGUAAAUUAAUCAGAUUUUAAAAUUACUUUUCAGGUAUUCAGAUGCAAUGAACAUUUUGUUAUUGCUGAAUGUAGAGAGAGAUAUAUAUAUAUAAAAAGAGAAUGUAGACAGGUGUAUAUACAGAGAGAUAUUAAAACACUUUUUUUGUACACUCGACAAGCUUGGGAGACUGUUCUAGAGAAAAUAGUUUAAAAUUAGCUGCUGGUCCUUCGAGAUCUUGUUCUGCCUCAAGAUCUGUAAUAAAGUGACAUACAGAUUGCUUAUAGCUCUAAUGGCUGCCACAGUAACCAAAAUACCAAGCUUCUUUCCUGAAUUGAGACUAAAGGAGAUUGAGCCUGAUUUAUGCUCCAUUCUGAGAAAGGCACAAUAGAGGGGUUACAUUUCUUACUUGUUACAUUCUUACUUGUUCACACCAGAUGGAUACCUACCAGAGCAAAUGAGUUCUUUGGUCCUGACCAAGCCACAGCUCUCUGUCCUGAGCCUCACAUUAGGUUCAAACACAGGUAUUCUGGCUGUACACAUCACUGCCAUAAAUGUGUGAGGCCAGAGGGAGCAGAGAGGUUUAUUUUCCCCAAAAGAGGGUUUGGUACAGUAUGAGGAAUCAGGCUUAUGACAAAGUAUAAAAAUCUUUGAAAAAUAUACUUGUUUAAAACAAAUACAAGUAAGUACUGGAUACAAUUUAGUAUUUCUACUCCUGCUUCUGUGAUGAGGUUUUUAUCAUUGUCUCUUUCUUAGAUAAUUAGGAAUUGUCAUCUCUUACUACUAAACCAAAAUUACAUAUAAUUGGUCCACUAUUCCCUAUUGAUUGGCUUUUUCACCAAAUAUUUGUUACGAAAUGUUAUUUUAGGGAAGAUACAUCUUUCCUAGGAAGAUGAUGUGGACCAUGAUGGGGAGCACACAAGUGAAUAUAUAUCAUUCUUAGGCUGUAAGGUAUGCCCUCAUCUGGCCUGGGAGCCUAACAACCUGGUGUUCUUUGGAGUGCAAACUCAGGUUUUCCCCUUUGGUGUUGUGACCACCAUUAGUAGACUGCUAGCUCAGCCCUCCCCUUUCCCCCAGUCUUUGUGUUUUGGAGCAAUAAAGGGAUGAAGAAUAUUUAAUGUCUUAGAAACUGGAUAUGUUUUUGUUGUUUUUGGUUACUUGAUCAUACAUGUUUUCCAGAAUAUCCUAAGACUUGGUUUACAUUGUUUCUGGACCAUUUUGAAUACCGUCCAGGUAGUUAUUGUAAAUGUAAAUAUUCCAAAAUUAAAAUGGUUGUUCGAUGGAAUGUGCCUGUUAUGCUUGAAAUAUUUCCUCCCUGGUAGUAAUUCUGUAUCAUGUGGGGUCACUUGAGCUUUUGUUAACAAUAUCUUUACAAGAGUUGAUAAUUUUACCCUCACAUAGAGGAUAUGGAAUUCAUGUAAGAGUAAAUUACAAUUUGUUGUGCUUAUUUUAUUCCCAGAACUUUCACUUUGGUCUUUGUGGACAAACAGAUGAAACCAAGAGAAGGUGCCUUGGCUUUAAAAAGGAAUGUUUUGAGUACUUUGGGGAUUGUACUGUCAGUGUAUUUUGGUUACUUUAAAGCAUGGUAAUAAAUGUUAUUGAUUAAAAGAA